UCAUGUGAGAGGAGUGGCACAGUGGAUACACCACACUGUCACGCAGCAGUGAAUCUGAAAGAAACUGAAGUCAGAUGGCAGAGAUCAGCUGGGCAGUGUGUGGGCAGACGCUGUAAAAGGUACCUGUAUCGAAUCUUCAGUGAAAUGGGAAUAAAAAGCUAAACUAACCCACAGAUCAUCAGUACUAGUUCAGGCUGGGGCAGAACCAAGAUGAAGCUCUUUCUCCUCCUCCUCUGCGCAUCUCAUACAGCAGCAGAAAUCUACCUGUACAUCACCAAGUUCACUGCAGUUACAGGGAUAGCAGGCCUGCCUGAGUUUACAGCUGUGUCCUUCCUUCACGGAAAGCAGAUUGAUUAUUAUGACAGCAAAUGCCACACCCUCCUCCCCAGACAGGUGUGGGCAAAGAGGGUCUUUGGCGACCCCUACUGGCAGAGAACCACACGGCUGCGCUUUUCAGAAUCUCUACACUUACAAAAUGGACUCAGCAGUGCGAUGGAGAGCUCUGGGCAUAAGGAAGGUGUGCACACCUUUCAGAGGAUGUACGGCUGCUUGUGGGAUGAGGACACUGGUUACUCUGAUGGAUUUGACGUGUACGGCUAUGAUGGAGUGAACUUCAUAACUCUGAAUCUGGAGAGCAGGAGAUUCUCAGCUUUGGUUCCUGAGGCCAAAUCCAUGGCACAGGAGUGGAACCGGAACACAACCCAGAUCGAGACUCUUCUCCUCUACUACACCCAUGAGUGUGUCGCCUGGCUGAAGACGUUUUUUGUUAAGAAUCAUAAGCAACACAAAUACUGGGGAGCAGCGUAUCAGUAUUAUGAAUUUGAGGCGAUCGUCAUACCUACAAUAACACAGCACUUGAGGCCGGGUUUGCUUUCAGUGGUGGUGUGUCACGUUACAGACCUGUCCACCGAAACUGUGCAGGUGUCCUGGCAGAAAAAUGAAGAGGAUGUCAAGGACUAUGUGGAGAUUGGAGAGACUCUGCCCAGCGGAGACGGGACCUUCCAGAAGACCAUCUACCUUGCUGUGAGGCUGGAGGAGCUGAAAAAGAACAAGUACAGCUGUGCUGUGGAAUUCAGGACGUUGACGGGAAAAUCACUCCUGACAAUAUCACAGGACACCUUGUUCAAAAUGAACUACGGAGCCCACUCUCACACUCAUGCUCGUCAUUCUAAAUGGGGCUCUAAUGAUGAAGAUGAUUAUGAUGAUGAAGCCUAUGUUGAUGAAGACUACGAUGAUGAUGAUGAUGAUGAUGAUAACUGACAGCAUCCAUUCUUUCGAAGAUGAGUGAAUGAGGAAAAAGGAUGAAUGUUGUCUGUGUGUGACAUCGCGUCAGCCCCUCAGGGGUGAAGCUGUUCUCCAACUGUGAAGUGUUUUCCUCAGUGUUUCCGAAUAACGUCUGAACUUUAAUGCUGUGAACUUCCUUCUGAUAUGCCAGAAUAAUGAAAUCUCACAUGUCCAGAUGUUUGUAGACACCAGCUUUUCUUCUGAAAUGAGGGGUAUUACUAGAGAGUUUGUCCCUCUUUGCUGCAGUAACAGCCUCUAAUCUUCUGGGAAGGCUUUACUCUAGAUUUUGGAACAUUGUAGUGAGGAUUUGAUUUGAGUAAGGUGAUGUGAUGUUGGAUUUCCAGCUGAUCCCAAAGGUACUGGAUGGAGCGCCAUCAACCCAGAGAACACAGUUCCACUGUUGCACAGCCAAAUGCGGGGGGCUUCAUAACCUCCUAGCCAUCUAGUUUAGGCUUAGUGACCUCAAGCUCGUGUGCAGCUGCUCCAGAGCUUCCCAUUCUAUUGGUCAGUGCUUUUCCAUGGAGAUUAUAUAAACUGUGUGUGGGUGUGAUUCAGCGUCAGUGAUGGUUGCAGCUUAAAGUAACUGAAUUCAAUCAUUAAAAGUGCUGUCUGGAAACUUUUGGACAUGUUGUUGUGUAAUAAUAAAUGAAGUACAACUUAUGAUCAGUUUUUUUUCUCUAAAAUUGUUUUUAAAAGUAAACGCUGUCUUAUUCUGUGUAAUAUAUUGUCUAAUUAAAAAGUUUGUCAUUGUUCA